AUGAUGCUCUGUAGUAGAAAUCCUGAGAUCAAGGUCUACGUCCUCACCAACAUCUGGGUCCAUAUUACCAGUAGCUCAACCAUGGAACCUGACAUUCGAAAGGUUCUUAGACCUCCAGUAGUGGGUCUGGAAGAAGGGACUUCUGAUGAGCAAAAAGCAGCUUCAAAAGGGAAACUGCCCUGUGUCAGCGAGAGCCCCCGGGGAGAGGCACAGGCCUGCGGGAUCCCGGCCCGGAGAACCCCGAAGCUGCAGCCCCGCGAGGCGACGGUGUCGGCAGAAGGCCCCUCCUCCCCUUGGGGCCUGGCAGAGGAGGAGGGAAAAUGGCGAUGGAGCGACACCGACCCACUCCCGCCCCAGUCUCCCAUGGCCAGCUCCCCGCUAGUGGCCAGCCGCUGCCGGGCCCAGAAGGGAUUUCCAUCCCCUGAACCAAGUCCAGAGGGAAAAGACCCCUUCUGGGCCCGGCAGCGGCUGGCCACUAGCGGGGAGCUGGCCCUGGGAGACUGGGGCGGGAGUGGGUCGGUGUCGCUCCAUCGCCAUUUUCCCUCCUCCUCUGCCAGGCCCCAAGGGGAGGAGGGGCCUUCUGCCGACACCGUCGCCUCGCGGGGCUGCAGCUUCGGGGUUCUCCGGGCCGGGAUCCCGCAGGCCUGUGCCUCUCCCCGGGGGCUCUCGCUGCAGCCCAGGAGGGGUUCGGGUCUCGCCUGGCUCUGCACUCAGCGCUCACUCCGGGCGGGCCAGGGAACCCACGCGAGAUUAGACAUGGUGACCUUCCCUGAUGUGGCUGUGAGCUUCUCCUCUGAGGAAUGGCAGUGCCUGAGCACCUCCCAGCGGAAGCUCUAUAGAGACGUGAUGCUGGAGACCUACGAGGACCUGCAGGCAGUAGGGUAUUGUGGGAUGAAGCCUGCGCUGAUAUCCUGGCUGGAAGGAGGAGCUCUGGGUAGGCUGCAGAGAGACAUGUUUUCAGCAGAGCCAAAGCCAGAAAUGCAUUCAUGUCCCUUCUGCUCUCUCAUCUUCUCACGUCAGAUCUUGCUCAAUCGCCACAUGAAGCGAAGUCAUUCCUCUCGGAUCCUCCCAGGAACAUCUGCAAAAAAGCACCCUCAAUCAGAGAAUUCCUAUACACAAGAUCAGAACCAAUGGCAGCAACAUUCUGAUCCAUAUGAUGACAAACCAAGAAAUGACAUACUUCAAAAUCAAAAGCCCCAUGUUUGCAGAGAGUGUGGUCGAGGAUUCAGGCAAAGAGCACAUCUCUUCAGUCAUCAGAGGUUGCACACCGGGGAAAAGCCUCAUAUUUGCACAGACUGUGGGCGAGGCUUCAGUCGCAAAACACAUCUUAUCAUACAUUGGAGAACACACACAGGGGAGAAGCCCUAUGAUUGCAGGGAGUGUGGGCAGUGCUUCACUGUGAGGUCACAAUUAGUCGCACACUGGAGAACGCACACAGGGGAGAAGCCACAUGUUUGCACAGACUGUGGGCGAGGCUUCAAUCGGAAGGCACAUCUCAUCACACACCAGACGACACACACUGGGGAGAAGCCACAUAUUUGCAGGGAUUGUGGGCGAGGCUUCACCUUGAAAUCACAUCUCAACAGACACAUGAGGACACACACAGGGGAGAAGCCCUUCGUUUGCAAGGAAUGCGGGCGCGGCUUCAGUCGGGGUUCGGGUCUCAUCGCACAUUGGACAAUGCAUACAGGGGAGAAGCCCUAUGUAUGCACAGACUGUGGGCGAGGCUUCGUUCGGAGGUGGGGUCUCAUUACACACUGGAAGACACACACAGGGGAGAAGCCCCAUGUUUGCACAGACUGUGGUCGAGGCUUUACUCAGAAGGUACAUCUCAUCUCACACAGGAGGACACACACACAGGGAAAAACCCCAAUUUUGAAACAAUGGUGAGUAAUUAACAGUAAAUUACAUCUCACCAGCCACAGAGAAAAAAAUGCGGCCACCUCAAAUUGCCUAACAUACCUGAGAAGGUGGCAUAAUUCUUUUCAUAUUUUUCCAUGUGCGCUAAUGAAUUUGUCUUCAUAGUUCUGAUCUCUAGUAUUUCCUUCCCCCAUGAAAACAGCAGAAUUGAAUGGACAGAAAUCUAUUUCCCAAUUCUAAACUGAAACAGUCCCUAUCUUUUUGAGAACAGUCAGGUUAAGUUAUUAACAAUUUGAUUUUUUAGGCCCAGGAAAGAAUCACAGCUUUAAUGUGAAUCAUGGA